AUGACGACCUUCUCACUCGCCUCCACGCUGCACAUCCGGGACUCCCAAUCCAUCCCCGAGCCCAUCGUGCCGCGAGCCUACCAGGCGGCUCAUCUGGGUCACCUUCAUUUCUCAGAUCCUCCGCUGACUGCCUCCGUGUCGGGGACCGCCGUGAGCGUCGUUCGGGACGCGCGCAUCCGGGAGUCCGCAUCGAUCAGCGUCUGGCGAGGUGUCUUAACGGAUGCCAACGGUCAGCCCAUCAGGGUCGUUGGUAAAGAAGCAUAUGACUUCGCACGACUGCGUCGGCUCGCGAACGAGGUCAAGAUCUAUGGCCUUCUCAAGAAGUUCCAGGGAGAUCACAUACCGACCUUGCUCGGGAUGUAUACCCAGGAUCCCGACGUACUUCCCGAUAGCAGGAGUGCCCCAAUACACGCCGUCGUCCUAUGGAUUGAUAUGGGAAUGGCCUUUGAGACAUGGCAAGAUAUUCGCCAGAUGAGCAAGGACUUCCGCAUCAGGGGACCGCCCUGCCGCUAA